UUCGGAUUUUCAAUCAAAUUGAAGGUAGAAUAUUUGACUAGUGAAUUAUUCGAAUUGACUCAGCCCUAAAGCGCAUAUGUGAACAAAGCGGCGUGGUGUCAUUUUGCCUCUUAUGUUACAGGUCUAUUAUACUGGGCUUCGUCAUUUUGUCUUUUAGAAAAUUUCAUUCAAAUCACAGUUGAUCCUAGUUCUAGGAUGCACUUUAAUGCACCUGUGCAGCUUUCUUUCGAUUGUUUGCCCAGAUUUCCAGAUGCCGCUCCUGGCCUACUACAAGCACCACCAACCCCGGCGCUGGGUCCUGGCCACGGCCCUGGUCUGCCUGUAUGGCUUCCUCAAGGCCAUGCGCCCCUCGGAGCCCUUCCUGACCCCUUACCUGAUCGAGGACAAGAACAUCACCGAGCGGGACCUGGACAACGUGGUCUACCCCUACUGGACCUACUCGUACAUGCUGGCGCUGGUGCCCGUCUUCCUGUUCACCGACCUCCUGCGCUACAAGCCUGUGGUGGUAUUUGAGGGCAUGGCCUACGUCGGGACCUGGGCCAUCCUCCUGUGGGGCCAAGGGGUGCCUCAGAUGAUACUGAUGCAGUGUAUAUACGGACUAGCCACCGCCACUGAAAUUGCCUACUAUGCCUACAUCUUUGCCGCCGUGCCCACUGAGCAAUUCCAGCGCGUGUCCAGCUACACGCGCUCCGCCAUCCUGACGGGCAACUUUAUGGCUGGUGCCCUGAGUCAGCUACUGAUUUCACUGAAGGCCACCACUUACUACGGACUGAAUAUUGCAUCUAUGACCAGUGUCGUGUGCUCUCUGGUAGUGGCAAUCAUGCUUCCUAACGUCCGGGAGACUCUGUACUUCCACCGCAGCCGCGACCGCGCAGGUGUGUCGCGUACGCAAACUCCUGCAGAUGCAGUCCCCUCUGUGGACAGCAAGGAAGACGGCACUGUUGCACCAGAAGUGAACUCCGACAAUACCACACCACCAGUUGAGCAAAGUUCCCCCUCGUCCUCGGAUAGAAGAGAGGACGCUCUCCCAACUCUGGAGUGCUGCGGCCCCAGUCCUCGGAACACUGGCAGAACCUGGAUUCGGCGUUCCCUGCCCGGCUGCCGGGAUAAUUUCACCCACAUGUGGAGCGACUUCAAGAGUUGUUACGGUAACUUCCACCUGCUGAAGUGGUCCCUGUGGUGGGCCUUUGCCACCUGCGGCAACUUUCAGGUCGGCAACUACGUCCAGAACCUGUGGGAGAUCAUCGAUGAGAAACCGGGAAAUUACAACUUGAAUCGGGACGUGUACAACGGCGCAGUGGAAGCAGUGUCCACCCUUACUGGAGCUGUUUCAGCCUUCCUGAUCAUGUUCGUUCGUAUGGACUGGCGCCUCUUCGGCGAGCUGCUGCUAGGUGUGGUCUCCCUCGUGGAAUCGGUUCUUUUGGUCAUCAUGGGAACGACAAGCAACAUAUGGCUGUGCUACGCCUUCUACAUCCUCUUCCGCUCUUCGUAUCAGUUGGUGAUAACCAUAGCAACAUACCAGAUAGCCAAGUAUCUGGCUCUUGAGCGCUACGCCCUCGUGUUCGGCCUGAACAUGUUCAUCGCCUUGGUACUCGGUUCAGUCUUGACCUUCAUUGUGGUCGAUUCCCGGACUCUAAACACCCCACCUGAUGUACAGUUCAUCGUCUACGGUGGCUACUUCUUCAUUCUGGCCUGCGCCUUUAACACUAAGGCUGUCUACUCGAUAUCGGCCUAUGGCUGGCGGGCUGCUUGGCGGGACCGUCUGGAGACCCGACCUGCAGACAGAGGGCAGAGCCUGCCGGCUGUGGCGGCGGGCGACGGAGAGCAAACAGGCUACCAACCAUUUUACAAUGACAGUGAUGCCGGCAACGAAAGCGACGUUUGACUGGGGGCAAUUGAAGAGUGGCAAAAACUAGAGAUAGAAAUGAUUUCAUUUUUAAACUGUACUCAGCAUUUUAACCCCUUUCCUUAGGCUGUGUUCCCAGUAACUUGACCCGUCCUAUAAAAUCAGGCGGAAUCUUUAUAUUUUGAUCUGAAAAGGAGUAAAACUUAAAAAUUGGUGCUGAAAGAAAUAGGUUGAACAUUAUUCCAUUUAGAUGUGUUUGGCUUUUGCCUAAAAGAAUUUAGCACAAGUAAACCCCCAAAAACGUUUUUAAUGUAAAAUGAAUUAAACGCAGCUGUAUUUAUUUUUUUUGAGCCUUACUGUGUGUAACCAUUUCUAGUUAUACAUUUUUUUAAGUGACUGUGAUUUCAAUGCAAUGUACAUGUAUCUAUUUUAAGCUAGGUUUAUUAAAUGCUUAAAAGAUAUAUUUAAACUUGAAUUUGUACCCAGAUGAGCAUUGAAAAAGUAGCAUUUCUUCCGUAAACAGGGACGAAACCGUUGAAAAAAUGCACCAUUGAAUUUUGUUGGAAUCUUCCUCGUCAUUCUUGCCUGAUUUUCAUAUAGACACACAGGGCAGAGUUGGUCCUUCGCAGUGAAUUCAUAAUUAUGUGCCAAACAAAAGGCUGCACUUGUAAGGAAUUCAAAGUCUGUAUGAAGCAUUCUGGGCAUUGAGCCUGGUUUUUGAUCUGAUGUGCUAAGUGUGUUACUUGAAUUCCAUCAACUUAUUUCUAUUCCUGCAUUAUCCAUUGUCUUUGAAACAAGUACUUUUUACUGUGAUGCUAAGUUGCUACAUCGAUAGACCUGAAAUUAAAUGAGGCCAACAUGGCCUAACUUUA